CUCCCCCCCCUUCUCCCUCUCUCCGAGGGGGGGGGUCCCGGGGAGGGAGGGGGGGUCCCCCGAUCAGCAUGUGGCUCCUGGCGCUGUGUCUGGUGGGGCUGGCGGGGGCUCAACGGGGGGGAGGGGGUCCCGGCGGCGGCGGCGGCGGCGGCGCCCCGGGCGGCCCGGGCCUGGGCCUCAGCAGCCUCGGGGAGGAGCGCUUCCCAGUGGUGAACACGGCCUACGGGCGAGUGCGCGGCGUGCGGCGCGAGCUCAACAACGAGAUCCUGGGCCCCGUCGUGCAGUUCCUGGGCGUGCCCUACGCCACGCCCCCCCUGGGCGCCCGCCGCUUCCAGCCGCCCGAGGCCCCCGCCUCGUGGCCCGGCGUGCGCAACGCCACCACCCUGCCGCCCGCCUGCCCGCAGAACCUGCACGGGGCGCUGCCUGCCAUCAUGCUGCCCGUGUGGUUCACCGACAACCUGGAGGCGGCCGCCACCUACGUGCAGAACCAGAGCGAGGACUGCCUGUACCUCAACCUCUACGUGCCCACCGAGGACGGUCCGCUCACAAAAAAACGUGACGAGGCGACGCUCAAUCCGCCAGACACAGAUAUCCGGGAUUCCGGGAAGAAGCCCGUGAUGCUGUUUCUACACGGCGGCUCCUACAUGGAGGGUACCGGCAACAUGUUCGACGGCUCCGUCCUGGCCGCCUACGGCAACGUCAUUGUAGCCACUCUCAACUACCGGCUUGGGGUGCUCGGCUUUCUCAGCACCGGGGACCAGGCUGCAAAAGGCAACUAUGGGCUCCUGGACCAGAUCCAGGCCCUGCGCUGGCUCAGUGAAAACAUCGCCCACUUUGGGGGGGACCCCGAGCGCAUCACCAUCUUUGGGUCCGGGGCAGGAGCCUCCUGCGUCAACCUGCUGAUCCUCUCCCACCAUUCAGAAGGGUUGUUCCAGAAGGCCAUCGCCCAGAGUGGCACUGCCAUUUCUAGCUGGUCUGUCAACUAUCAGCCGCUCAAGUACACGCGACUGCUGGCGGCCAAGGUGGGCUGUGACCGGGAGGACAGCGCUGAGGCCGUGGAGUGUCUGCGCCGGAAGCCCUCUCGGGAGCUGGUGGACCAGGACGUGCAGCCCGCCCGCUACCACAUCGCCUUCGGGCCGGUGGUGGACGGUGACGUCGUCCCGGAUGACCCCGAGAUCCUCAUGCAGCAGGGAGAAUUUCUCAACUACGACAUGCUCAUCGGGGUUAACCAAGGAGAGGGCCUCAAGUUCGUGGAGGACUCGGCAGAGAGCGAGGACGGCGUGUCUGCCAGCGCCUUCGACUUCACUGUCUCCAACUUUGUGGACAACCUGUAUGGCUACCCGGAGGGCAAGGAUGUGCUGCGGGAGACCAUCAAGUUUAUGUACACGGACUGGGCCGACAGGGACAAUGGCGAGAUGCGGCGCAAGACCCUGCUGGCGCUCUUUACCGACCACCAGUGGGUGGCACCGGCUGUGGCCACCGCCAAGCUGCACGCCGACUACCAGUCCCCCGUCUACUUUUACACCUUCUACCACCACUGCCAGGCCGAGGGCCGGCCCGAGUGGGCAGACGCAGCGCACGGGGACGAGCUACCCUAUGUCUUCGGGGUGCCCAUGGUGGGCGCCACCGACCUCUUCCCCUGCAACUUCUCCAAGAAUGACGUCAUGCUCAGCGCUGUGGUCAUGACCUACUGGACCAACUUCGCCAAGACUGGCGACCCCAACCAGCCGGUGCCGCAGGACACCAAGUUCAUCCACACCAAGCCCAACCGCUUUGAGGAGGUGGUGUGGAGCAAGUUCAACAGCAAGGAGAAGCAGUACCUGCACAUUGGCUUGAAGCCGCGCGUGCGCGACAACUACCGCGCCAACAAGGUGGCCUUCUGGCUGGAGCUCGUGCCGCACCUGCACAACCUGCACACGGAGCUCUUCACCACCACCACGCGCCUGCCGCCCUACGCCACGCGCUGGCCGCCGCGCCCGCCGCCCGGCGCCCCGGGCACGCGCCGCCCGCCGCCCCCCGCCACCCUGCCGCCCGAGCCCGAGCCCGAGCCGGGCCCCCGGGCCUACGACCGCUUCCCCGGGGACUCGCGAGACUACUCCACGGAGCUCAGCGUCACGGUGGCCGUGGGCGCCUCCCUCCUCUUCCUCAACAUCCUGGCCUUCGCCGCCCUGUACUACAAGCGGGACCGGCGGCAGGAGCUGCGGUGCCGGCGGCUCAGCCCCCCGGGCGGCUCGGGCUCCGGCGUGCCCGGCGGCGGCCCCCUGCUCCCGGCCGCCGGCCGCGAGCUGCCGCCGGAGGAGGAGCUGGUGUCGCUGCAGCUGAAGCGGGGCGGCGGCGUCGGGGCGGACCCUGCCGAGGCCCUGCGCCCCGCCUGCCCUCCCGACUACACCCUGGCCCUGCGCCGGGCGCCGGACGACGUGCCUCUCUUGGCCCCCGGGGCCCUGACCCUGCUGCCCAGCGGCCUGGGGCCCCCUCCUCCCCCGCCGCCCCCCUCCCUCCAUCCCUUCGGGCCCUUCCCCCCGCCGCCCCCCACCGCUACCAGCCACAACAACACGCUCCCCCACCCCCACUCCACCACCAGGGUAUAGGGGGCGGCUCGGGGAGGCCCCGCUCCCCAGCCCUCCCGGCCCGCGCGGAAGGCAGGGAGGAGGACUCGGCCACAGGCUUUUCCCGCGUGGAGCCGGCUCACGUCGAGGAGCGCUAGGCGGACAUGGGUUUCCCCACCCGGAUGCGCGUCUCUCCCCAGCAGAGAGGCCCCUUCUCCGGACCCGGGCCUUCGAACAACCGGGGGAGGGGGGUGCUUUGGGUUGUUUUUUUUUUUCCCCUCCGCCGGGACACCGGUCUCCGGGGUGUGGAGACGUGGAGUGGAAGUGUUUUCCCACGUGGAGGUUGUGCUUUCUCACGAGGGGGUGUGUUUUCCCAUGUGCAGGGUGAGGUGUUUUUUUUGGCCGCCCUGGACACAUGUUGGCUCCCUCCAAGAAUUUCUGUGGGGAUUUGUACCCCCGAAUCCUGUCUCCUCAUGCCUCCUCUCCCCUCCUCCCUCCCCCCCCACCCCCUGGAGACCCUGGAAGUGGUGUGUUCACAGAGAGUGACCCUUGGCCACCACAUGACACAGGGUGGUGCCUGGGAAGCAGCGAGGAAAUCACAGCCCCCCCCUCCCCGCCCCCACCCCAGCGAAGCAUGAGUAUCCCCCGUGGCACAAGUCAAGGCCUCGCCUUCCCCAGGAGACAGGCGCAGGCUCCCUGCGGGGGAAGGAGGCCCUGCCUCCCUGUGCUGCCUGGGAACCUGUCUUCCCACGGGUCCAGGACGCGUAUCUGAGUGGAAACAUGUUCUUGCAUGUGGAUGUAUGUUUUCCCAUGCAGACAGCCCCUUUCUCUCUGGCCCUUCCCUGCAUCCUCUGGGCCUCAGGCCCCCCGCCCCCCACUUAAUUUCUCCUCACACAGCAGGUGGGAACAGACCUCAAACUGACAGAAGUCGAGGGGCUGUGCAAACCCCGAGGGGGCGCCCUGCCCCUCCCUCCCCUGGAGAGGCCAAGUCGGAGGGCAGCCAUGGAGCAGGGAGGAAGGGUGCGUGGCACCUGCCACGCACAGAGGCCAAGCGUGUUUGACCAAAGCCCUCCCUGAGGUCUGAGGAUGGCCCUUCCCUCUGUCCUCAGACCAUUGCUCCCCCCCCCUGCCAACCUGGGGAGGUGGGUUUGAGGGGGGAAAGCCCCCCAAAAUGUGCCAAGGAUUCCCCAGUCCUGGGCCAGGGUGGGUGCAUGUGUGGGCAGGUGGGGUACAGGAGAGGAGGUGGCAGCUAAAGGGGUCCCACCUGUGUCCUUCCUCACUGUGUGUCAUCCAGCCCUCUCUGCCUCCAUUCUCCCCCCCCACCCUGUCCCUGUCCCCCCCUGAAGCCAUCCCUUCCUGGCGUCAAAGCAGCUUCUCCCCUCAGCUGCCCACUCCUCCUUCGACCUGCCCCUCUGCCCUGGGCCUCCAGGUCUGAAGGAAAGGUGCAGGGGAGGAAGGCUUCCUGGGACAGGCUGGGGACAGCUGUGCUGGGGGACAGCUGGAGGGGACAGUGGGGGACAGGGCUUGGGGCGCUCAGCUGCAAGAAUUUGAUUUGAAAGGCCGUGUGUAAGGUGACGGCCCAAAGAGAAAGGGUUUGGGCCUCUGGGGAAACGAAUGAAGCCGGGAAGGAUUUCAAGGGACCCCAGUGGAGAGGGGGGCAAAUCCUCGUUUGCGUUGGUGCCAAAUUUGAGUGGGAGGUGGAGUGCUGUCUUCCACUGACGCCCGAAUCCAGAAUCCCUGGUCUUGGCGCCCCAGAACCUUGCCUCUCGCCCGUCCCUUCUGCCCCCACCUCCAUCCGUGGAAACUUAGUUCCUUUCCCACCCCUUGCCCUGCCUGGUCUAGCUCCUCUCCAAACAGCCAUGCCCUCUAAAUGCUAGGGACCUGGGCCCUGAACCCUGUAGACAGAUGCCCCCCAAAUUGGGGCAUGGGAGGGGGGCUGGGGGACCCCAUGAUUCAGCCACGGACUCCAAUGCCCAGCCCCUCUCCCCAGACCAAUUCCCUGACAGUCCCUUGUCCCCACCCCAACCCUUUGCGGCUCUGUACACAUUUUUAAACCUGGCAAAAGAUGAAGAGAAUAUUGUAAAUAUAAAAGUUUAACUGUU